CAAAAACAGAGUGUUUUUAGAUGGACGUCGUCGGCCGGUGCUUCUGCUGCGCGACGCGGCGACGCAAGGAGCGCCGGAAGCGCCUCCUCGUCGCGACGCUGGACCGCGUGGCGGACGUGUAUCCUGGCACGUCGUACCUCUGCCUCCUCGACGACGCCGGCGAGAUUGUCGCGCAGACGACCGGCCACGGCCACGCCGCCGCGAGCAUGAACCCGGACGAGCUCGCGGCGGUCAUUACGACGCUGCGGCGGUCCGUCGCGCUCUUUGCCAGCUCGCUCAACCACAACGAGACCCAAGCCGUGCACAUCAAGGGCGAGAACCACAUCUUUUCGUGCUACGGCCUCGAGACGCAUGUCCUCGCGUUCUAUAGCGUCAUGGCGAGCGUCGACGUCGAGGCCUUUGACUGCAGCCGCGCCGACAAGCGCCUCGACGACGUCUGCCGCGAGCUCCAGCGCAUCGCGACGACCACGACCAUCUAAGCACUCGUCGUCUCUCAAUUCAGAUUCCGUUUCCACU